AUAACUAAACUUAAUUGUAAAAUGGAUCCAUGGAAAGACCUGACCGGAAAAGUAGUGAUGGUGACCGGAGCAUCGUCAGGAAUCGGGCUAGAGUUCUGUCUCGAUUUAGCCAAAGCCGGUUGCAGAAUCAUUGCUGCUGCUCGUCGUGUUGACAAACUGAAAUCUCUCUGUGACCAAAUUAACAGUAAUUCAGAAGGAUCCCCUCGAGCAAUCGCCAUCGAACUUGACGUUGCUGCUGGUGGUGCUACAAUUGAGUCCGCUGUACAAAUAGCUUGGGAUGCUUUUGGACGUAUCGAUGCCUUGGUUAACAACGCCGGCGUUAGAGGAAGUGUGAGCUCUUCAGUGGAAUUGACAGAAGAGGAAUGGAACAAUACAUAUAACACAAAUCUAAGAGGGGCAUGGAUGGUUUCGAAAUAUGUUUGUAAGCAUAUGAUCGAUGCUAAACAGGGCGGAGGAUCUGUUAUUAACAUCACUUCAAUAGCUGGUUUAAAUCGUGUAGCAGUACCAGGGACUAUUGCUUACGCUACUUCAAAGAUGGCUCUAGACAUGGUUACUAAGAUUAUGGCGAUUGAAUUGGGAGGAGAGAAUAUCAGAUUGAAUUCGAUAUCGCCAGGAGUUUUCAAAUCAGAGAUAACAGAGAGCUUAGUUGACCAGAAAUGGUUUCAUAAGUUUCUUUAUAAAACUCUUCCUACUAGAUAUCUUGGAACGACAGAUCCGGGCUUAACAUCUCUGAUUCGAUACUUAAUUCAUGAUUCUUCUGAAUAUGUAACGGGUAAUGUUUUCAUCGUCGAUGGUGGAGCUAGCUUACCAGGUGUCCCUAUUUUCUCAUCACUCUAGC